CGGAUGGAUGGAUGGGUCUUGUGUACGCCACGAAACAGGGCGGAACUUCUUCAUUUACCUCUCGUUGCCCUACGGACCACGUGACACGCGCACCAACCUGCUUCAUGUAAACACACGUGUAAACACAGACUAAACAGCCAAGAGUGUCGGCCAUGGCGGACGUUUUAACGCAUAUGUUCGCGAACUUGUCACAAGCGGACUCAAAGAAGGACUUUGUGACUCCUGCCCCGGCAGACUGCGGCGUUUUAGUCGUCGGAGAACAAAGUCUGGCACGUUCGCUGCUGCUGCUGACGGCCGUGACAGCAGCCUCUCAGGCGGGGAUGAAGGUGGUGUUCUUCGCCCCACAGCAAAUUCAAAGCCUGCCAGCAUCCCUGCAAACAUGUGUACCAAGUCUAAGCCCCGACAGUCUGAAGAAAAUCACUUUCUGCUAUCCGAGUACGGCAGAGGAGUUGUGGCGUCAGAUCGCAGGCCUCCAUGAGUCCAGCAGCACCUUUCAUCCGUCGCUGAUCAUCGUGGACCGACUGGAGGACUACCCGUGCGACGGCCACAGUGGGUGCCACCCAGGUGAGCAGUCCCGCGCUGCACACCUCGCCGCUCUUUUGUGCGACACGGCCGCCUUCCUAACCGGCCUCCUGGAGCGCCAGACGACAGGCACCGCCCCCUGCCGGGUCAUCGCCUCUUAUAAGCUGAAAGAGGACGGCGCGGACUCGGAUCCCGUCCUCGACGCCUUCGACCGCUACUUUCAGCUGCGGUGUACUCUGGACCAAGAUAGAAGCUACAAAGCCACAGACGCCGGGCGGCAGGAGGCGUGGCGUGUUUACUUUUCCGGAACCGGCGUCGUGCGUGAGCCUCGGACCGAAGACUCUGAGGUCCGGCCUGGUUUAGAAUGGCAGUUGUUGAUGUUUCCUGAUGGUUCAAUGGCAUUUAAGGUCGAUUAGACAUGGAAAAGACACUUUGAUUAGCUACAGAUAGUUGUUUGAGUUAACACUAUGAUAAGUACAUAAUGGCAACUUUUGAUGACAAAUAUAGAAACAUUUUUCUAGUAAGAGUCCAUUAUAUAUCUGAGUUGUGAAGUGUUCCCGCUUUCUCGAUUUUCGUCGACACAGCCUUUGUGUUUUAUGUUGGCCCGCACCACAACAUAAAUACAAAUAAAUAAGGUAAAAAUCAAAAUAGUAAUACCAUUUAUCCAUGUAUUAAGUGUACAUUUUUCAAUGUAUUUAUAAUGAGUGCUAUUGGCAGUUUACCAAUAUCAAAACAAUAUUUAAGCUACUUCCUUAUUACGUCUUGUUACAUACAAUUGUUUGAGCAAAGAAGGAGCUGAGCCGGAAGGCCAAGCUCUCAAUUUACCAGUCGAUCUACGUUCCCAUCCUCACCUAUUGUCAUGAGCUUUAGGUUAUGACCGAAAGGACAAGAUCACGGGUACAGGUGGCCGAAUUUAGUUUCCUCCGCCGGGUGGGAGAGCUCAAAGUAAAGCCGCUGCUCCUCCACAUGGAGAGGAGCCAGAUGAAGUGGUUCGGGCAUCUGGUCAGGAUGCCACCCGAACGCCUCACUAGGGAGGUGUUUAGGGCACGUUCGACCGGUAGAGGCCACGGAGAAGACCCAGGACAUGUUGGGAAGACUAUGUCUCCCGGCUGGCCUGGAAACGCCUCGGGAUCCCCCGGGAAGAGCUGGACGAAGUGGGUGGAGAGAGGGAAGUCUGGGCUUCUCUGCUUAGGCUGCUGCCCCCGCGCCCCGACCUCGGAUAAGCGGAGGAAGAUGGAUGGAUGUUUGAGCAAAACAAAGACAAUCGUACACAAUAACAAAUAGGGUUACAUGGUAUACUGCGAUACCAUAUUCGGUACUAUACCGCCUCUAAAAGGUACCGCGUAAAAUGCCGGAUAAGCAAUAAGUUUUGAAAGCCGAGUGCUGAACAGGUGUAGCUUUAUUGUGACACUAUAGCAUCAGCAGUAUUCUUAGGUGCUAAACAUACACACUAACCAUUUCAAAGCAUUAUAAUAAAAACAACACUUACUGUAAUAUUUACACUCUUGCUGGAAGUUCAACCGACGGGACGCUCACAUGAUUCUGUUUAAAUGAAGAAUCAAUCACAAUCUUCACAAAGGGUUAAAAAAUUUGCUGCAAUUUGCGUCUUUUUCGCCAGUGGACCAUGGCCAGCCGCAUUUGUCUACCGCAAGGUGAGAGAUGCACAAAUUAUAAUCUUGAAUUUACUUUUAGAAAGUUCUAGACGAAGCAGAAGUCUGCCAACAUCUAAGAUAGCCUUAGCUCACUGCUUUCAAUAUGCCGCUAAAAUAGUCCGUCUGCGUUAACGCUUAUAAUAACAAUAUCACUCAUACUUGGUUAAUUUUCAGGUCAUGACACGUAAAUGGAGUAUUGUUGACGCUUUCUGGAUGUUUUUAGAGAGUAUAUCGAGCGCAACAGAGGACCCUUGAUCUUUUGACUUAAUUGUUAGCUAUUUAUUUAACAUUUACAAUGCAUAAAAAAGCCAAAAAGCUUGUCUUACAUAAGGAUUGUCGAUGAUAGACAGCACAUCUCUUUCCAAUGUUUGCAUAUUUCUAGUAUGACUGAUCUAAUAAUAUGGUCAGAGUGACGUAGAAUCUAUGGAAAUUGUCGAAGAUAUUCGGAGCGGAAUAUUAAAAAUGGCCGAUUGAAUUUGUGGCAUUUUGUGAUGUUUGGACGCUAUUUUCACAUUCUUUGCAGAUUGUAAAUACAACUGGAUAUGGUUUAAUGGAUACAAUGAAACACUAUUAGGCAUAUAAAUUCAACUUGUUUUUCCACUCUACUUAUACCGUAUUUCCUUGAAUUGCCGCCGGGGCGCUAAUUAAUUUAAAACCUCUUCUCACUCCUGCGCUUACCAAAGGCAUGCGGUAAAAGUAAGCAUGCGCUAAUUAUUUUAAAACCUUUUCACACUCCGGCACUUACCAAAGGUAUGCAGUAAAAAUUUGAGUGUGAUGUAAGCUUGGACCUUAAAUCCUACUGAAUAGACCUUAAUCUUCUUCCCUUCAUGCGAUUUCAAAUUACCGGUAUUGAAAACAGCCUCCUCCAUUUUGGAAAUGAUGACAGGGGAAGUGUCACCCGUGACGUCACAAGUUUUACCUGGCGGUAAUACUAAGCAUGCGCUAAUUAUUUUGGGAAGCGAGUUUGACCCGGCAGUAAUUGAAGGCAGGCACAUACUAUAUACCCUGCGGCAAUCCAAGGAAAUACGGUAUUUUAAAUACGCACGACUCACAAAAAGGUUAGCAUGUUUCAGGUGAGGUUUCAGAAUAAAGCUAAAAUGAUCUUUGCAGGUAAACCUCAUUUGUACUUCAUCUAAACCAGGGGUCUCAGACACGCGGCCUGCGGACCAAUUGCGGCCCGCAAGAUGUUAUUUGCAGCCCCCACCUUAAUAUGAAAGUUUAAUGUUAGUGCGGCCCGCGAGUUUUAUAUGAAUGGCGCUUGACAGCGUUGUGUGCAGAGCUGAAGGAAUCUACCAAUCACGGUGUGGUAUGUGGCUCUCGAGGACCGAACUUUGACGUCACUUGCGUGCUGCAAGCAGAAAAACGUUUUGCCGCUUUUCCACUAGACCCGCACGCGUUCUUUCUCCCUCUCUCGCCCGCUUGCUCUCUCUCUGUCACUGUGUGUGUGUCUCUUUCUCGCUCGCUCCCCCGGCGCCGCUGUAAACAGUUCAGGCCUCCGAAGCACUCCGCCGAAGAACCUAGCUAUAAUACAAAUAUGUGGUGCACUGGACCCCAGCGCUGAUACUCCGACAGAGAGUCCCAGGGCGAAUCGGACGUGUAACACGUUAGUUGUGAUGUUAGCCCGUUCGGGGCUACUGUAAUUGUGCUACCGUAACUGUUAACUCCACGGUGAAACCACCCCCCUCCUAUUGGUUCCAGACAGAGACGAUUUUUGUUACUUGGGUCCAAAAUGGCUCUUUCUACAUUCAGGGUUGCCUACCCCUGCGUUAGUGGAAAAGCGGCAAAUGAGUGAAAGCAACAGAAACGUUGCUAUGGAGACGAGGGUUUUCUUACGUGCCCGGCUGCACUCACACCGUGACACCGGUCCGUCAGUAAUAACAGUCCCCAAUAACCUGGACCAAUUCAAACCGUUAUUUGUUUUUUUUAUUGUUUAAUUUGCAUUGCCUCACACGAUGAACACUACAUAUAUUUCUAUAUGACGCCGGAUAACACUCCGGGAGCCGUCACUUUUUUGCGCUCGCUAUCCUGGUACUUUCCCACCGUGUUGCUGUAGGGAGGAAAAGCGGAACGACACACAUUGUGGAAACAACAUUAUUCUCCGUGCGUCGGCUAAAUACAAAUAUAUUCCACAACCCCAAACAUGUCUUUUUCAAAGCCUGCAGUGAUGAAAAAGGUUUGUGAUGAGCAAAGAAAAUUCCAGGAAAAGUGGGAGAUGCAAUAUUUCUUUGUUGAGCACAGGGGCAUCCCGACGUGUCUUAUUUGCACAGAGAAAGUUGCGGUGCACUAGGGAUACAAUUUGAAACGUCAUUAUACAACUAGACAUGCUCAGGAGUAUGCACAUUAUUUUUUAACAAAUAUUUUCUCGUGGCCCAGCCUCACCCAGACUCUGCAUCCAGUGGCCCCCAGGUAAAUUGAGUUUGAGACCCCUGCUCUAAACUGUUGAAAAUAAUCGGCUGUGGUAAAGUAGGGACGACUGAAGUAGAAAUUCAAUGGAAAUUUGACGUGUAAUCUUUGGCCUUUCAGAAUGUCAGCCAUGUUUAUUUCAGUCAAGAACAAAAAAAAAACAUGGAUAUAUAUACAACAAUAAAUAAUAUUGUGGACCUAAGGAUUUAGUCACUUUUUACCCGAUUGCACUUAAGUGUUUUUAAGCUUAUUUCUCUUAUUCGGAUUUUCCCAUCCGGCUUAAGUUAGGCAAAAGUGCUUAAGUCGUGAAUAAACUUAGUAAUGAGGCCUUUUUUCUUUGGUUUUGUGAAAAUGGUGGGCCGUGGAGUUUUUACCAACCCUUCAUAAAAAGGAUAACAUUUGACAUUUCAAAAAGGCCGUAUGGAUCCAGGCACGUGAAGGUGUGUUGUCAUGGUGACGUAGCAUGUGUAUGCGCACUACAACAGCUUCUUCUUCCUGGCUGGAUGGGAAUAAUAAUCCUUUGUUUCACUUGUUGUUACAGUCAGCCCGAUAAUAUUUGUAAAGUCAUUUCUGUUUUGUAAAAAGGUUUGUGACGAAUAUACAGCUGUUUGUGUGAUUUUGUGCAUUUACAUGAGCAGGGAAUUGUGACAGUUCGAUAUAUUAACUAUCAAAAAAUCAAUCGAUAUGUAUUUAUUAUGACAUAGUGAAAUAGUUCAAUGAUGAGGGUCCAUAUCUAUCAAACGCCCGUUACUACUUGGGCUGUGAAUCUUUGGGCACCAAACCAUUCGAUUCAGAAUCAAAUCUCGAUUCAAAACGAUUUUCGUCUCUAAAUUAAUACUUUUUUAAUAACAUUGGGUGCCAGUUCUAUGAUUAACUACAUUCCUCCAUAAAAUAGAUGAACAGCUCUGAUACAUUUCUGUGUUACUUAAAAGAAAACUGGUUUUGUUUAACAACAUUAUACCCAAACAUUUAAUAAAGUAGGUGGACAGGACAGAUAAGAAAAAAAUAAAAAUAAA